AUGCCAUAUACUGCGCCGUUCAAGACGUUGCUCUCCGCGCAGCACAUUGAAUACUCUCGACCAACCGACGAGUCUUGUGAGCGGCCCGGUUUGGUUCGCUCCUCGUCAGAACGGGUUCAGAAUUCCCGUCCAUACUCCUCCACCUCAUACACCCGGCGUCAUCGGAGGAGUCCUUCGAACACCAAAUCGAUAGUGCAUUCUGCUCCAGAUUCACCGGCCCGGGCUCACCCCUCUAUCGAUCCACAUGCCAGUCUCCGUCAGUCCCCACCGCCGAUAAGCAAUGCUAUCAUCCCUCCCGGAGCGGUAAUCUCGCCUCCUGAGUCCGGGCCGAACUCAAGUGAUGAAGAAUCACCACACCGGAGUGGCGAGAGUGUCAAGUUUGACGAGCUGGAGGCUGCCGUUCGAUCAAUUAGACUGAGGAGGGAGAGCUCACCAGAAAGAAUGGAUCCAGCAGACCACUCAGAAAUACCAACACCGGCUCGACCCUCAUCGAGUGUGCCGUCAACCACUGACGCAAAGCCCACUCGGUCCAAGCUCCCCCACCUACCAUUGUCGAAAGAAGCUCGCAAGAUCAGUCACUCUCGAUCAUCGACCGAAACCGCCAUCAAUUUGGCUCGGGAAGAGGCGGUGACUAGCUCGCCCGACGAAAGUGAUGUGGAGAUGUCGUGCAAGCCCCCAAUGGUCCGUAAGAAGUCAGGUGAGCUUGUUCGGCCUGCUCUCCGCCCUUCUUCGUCACGGCGACGACCGUCUAGCAUGCCUGGUACUCCAGUCUAUUCUAAGGCGGUGCACUUCGACUCCCACUUAGAGCACAUCCGUCACUUCCUCCAGCUGGACAGGCCAUUGGCUGUCAGCACAGAAACAUCACCAGUUGAAAACCACGACACCAAAGGCGAGUUUCCCUUCAGCUCUGCCGACUCGCGUGGCCCGUCGUGGGAAUGGGAGAUCAAGCUCGCCAAUUGGCCUAAGGAUACCUCAUCACGAGCCACUCGUCCGGUCCGCCUCGAGCGGUUGUUCCUGUCGGCUGAUAGGAGCACUUUGAUCGGCACUGUGGCCGUGGCUAAUAUUGCUUUCCACAAGAAUGUGACCGCUCGUUUCACACUGGAUUACUGGAGGACUACCUCGGAGGUUGGAGCGGCAUACUGCCAUGAUGUUCGCCGCCAGCAAGCCGCCGAUGGGUUCGAUCGCUUUUCGUUCGAUCUCAAGCUGAAUGACCAGGCCAAUCUGGAGACCAAGACCAUGUUCAUGUGCAUCCGCUAUAACGUGGAGGGACUGGAAUAUUGGGAUAAUAAUGAUUCAGUGAACUAUCAGAUUGAUUUCCACAAAGUCCCCAAGACCCCCACGAGCAAGCCUGCAAAUGGCGGAUCUCGCCCCGCCCUUCCUCGCAGCCGAUCCUUCACCAGCUCCCAUACCAUUCGACCGCAAUCCAUGCCGCCUAACUAUGAUUUCCCCGACCUCGGCGACAAGACGUCAUUCACGAACCCUUUCAAUGGUGCAAACGGUGCGCCCUUGGCUCGCACGCCCUCGGAUGAGAUCGAUACGGUUGCGCCGCCCAAACGCCGUGAAAACUCCAACCGCCAAGCAUUUGGAAACCGGUACGACUUCGGAGCGUCGCUGUCUGCUGCUAUGCGGUCGAAGGCGCCUCUAGAUCGGACCGCUCUGACAGCCCGUGCGAGAUCCGGGGAGACCGUUGUGCCGGAUACCUCCAAACCGAGCAAGAAAACCCUCAAUCUUGAGCAGGGCCCUGGUUCUGCAGUGAGCGAUAAUUUCCGCACCGGAAGUCGUGUGGGAGAUCUAAAACCUUCCUCUUUGGUAUCUAGCAAGCCACAGCUCGAGUCUUCUGUGUAUCAGGAGUUGGUCGAUAAGUACUGCUUUUAUGGGUCUCCGCAAGGAUCGAACCUGAAGGCACACCCAUCGAUAUCGAGUGGUCGUGAAGGCGAGGCCCCAAAUCAUGCCUCUGCCUCUGCCUGUCCUUCGCCGCCUUUGUCUCCUAGGUCUCCUGCCCCUCUGGCUGCCUCUGUGGCCGAAGCACCGCGUGCUUCUGUUGGCCCGCGCGCCUCUCCACCGCCCUCGACAUCCCCCUUGGCUUUUCACUAUUCUUUCCACGGCGGCUUCAUGAAUGACCCUCACUCUCCAACGGUUAUUAGAGGGUGA